GACACAGCUGGUGGCUAAUUUUACAUUUUCUACAGCUAACACUAGUUUUGCAUAUUUCAAGGUUAUUCACAAAUGAAUUCAGAAAUGGCCUCCUCAUAUAACAAGUAUCAGUACCAGCCACCGUCUGCGCUGCUAAUGAAAGCAUUCAAUAUUAUAAUUCAUGUUUUAAAUGCUUCCAUUGACUUCUCUUCCUGUCAGAGAACAGGUAAUAAACAGUGAUAAUAAAUAAACAGUGUCUUAACUCUGCUGAGAAAUGACCACUAAUUCACAGACGUGCAUCACACUGUGCACGACACGCAGAGUUUUUCUAAUUGGCUGUGGUCUGCGCACAUUUUGUCAGCUGGGGACGGCAGCUGUCAAUCAAACGGCAUCCUUAAAACCAGCUGCAGGAGCUGCAUCACUUUGUCGCCGGACGGACCCAGAGACCGACCUGUCGCUGCGCUGCCGCUGCUGAUCAUCGGCUGCUACAACAGGCAGAGUGGACCCACCUUUCAGCCGGCUCCUCACCUCCUGGCUGCCUGUGACCUCUCACUUGUCAUUUCACUAUCUCUCUGGAGCAGAUGGAAAAGUUGGGCGGGAAUAACGCGACGGGGGUGAACCGCUCUGUGGACAAGUGGUCAUUCAAUGAAUGGGGCUCGUUCCAGCACCCGACCCCUGGGGAGCUGAGCGUCCUGCUGCCGGCCACGCUGGGGCUGAUCUGCGUCUUGGGUGCGGCUUGUAACCUCACGGCGAUGGUCAUCCUGUUCUCCAACGCCCACAGAGGCAAGCUGUCUCUCAUCAACUCCCUCAUCUUCAACCUCGUCUUCGCCGACGGCCUGCUGCUGGCGUUCGCGGUGCCCUUCCGCGCCGCCUCCUUCUCCGGGGCCGGCCGGAGCCUGGGCUGGGCCGUGUGCAAGACGGCCGACUGGUUCCUCCAGUCGUGCAUGGCGGCCAAAAGCUUCACGGUGGCCGUCAUGGCCAAGGCGUGCUACCGCUACGUGUCCAACCCCACCAAGCAGGUGAGCCUCCGCCUGGGCUCCAUCCUGCUGGCGCCGCUCCUCAUCUGGCUCUCCGCCUGCUCCGUCACCAUCCCUCAGUGGCUCUUCGUCAGGCUGAGGGGGCCGGCGUGCGUGCUCGUGGUCCCCCCUGAGGCCAGGGACUUCAUGUCUGUGUAUGUGAAGGCGUACCCGCUGGGGGUCUACUGCGCCCCCCUCAGCUUCGCCCUGUUGUACUUCUGGAGAGCGUACGGCCAGUGCCAGCGCCGCUCGAGUAAGACUCCGAACCUGCGGACUCAGAUCAGAUCCAGGAAGCUCACGCUGAUGUUGUUCAGCCUGACCGUGGCCAUGGCUGUUCUCUGGCUUCCCCAUUGGGUGCUGUGGAUUUGGGAGCGUCACGUAGCGGAGAGGCGAGCCGACGGAGCGCAGCCCCUCGUCUCGCCCCCUCCUCUGCUCCUCUCCCUGUCGGCUCAGCUGCUCACAUUCUCCCUGUCGCUGGUGAACCCCCUCAUCGUCCUCUCCCUCUCCGAGGAGUUCCGGGAGGGCUACAGGGGGCUGUGGAGGCGCCUCACCCUCCGCAAACAGCCGGCGCCGAAGCCAAAGAGCGGACCCCACAACCCGACCUCCCUGCAGUCCCCGUGCCCCCGACCCGAGACCUCGGGCCAGCACAGUGGGAGGAGGAUGCGUCCAUCGAGCUCCAGCCAGGCUGACGGCAGAGACGCCGUGCCCCAGGCGGAGGAGGGGGAGGGGAGAGGGGGAGACAGCGCCAGCCUCAAGGACGGGAUCGUUUUGCCUGACGUGGAGCAGUUCUGGCAGGAAAGGGAGACGGGAUCCAACGCGGAGGAAAACGACCCCGUGCCCUGGGAGCAUCAGGGCAACGAAGGUAGAAAGUAGUUGCCUCUCAGGAGGUCGCAGCAUUUCAUUCAUCGGUGCAGCAACUUCAUCCACAGACCUCAGUUAUUUGGGCCAUGGUCACUUUGCAUCACCAUUGCUGAUAUUGUUUUGCUGUUGCUUAUGAUAAUAAGGUGAGACGAGAAUUCUUUGUGAAAUAAGUUUGGCUACAAAUCGAGUAUCAUCUGCAAAAAAACUUUUGGUUCAUAUCGGGUCAGGGUUAGUAUAAAGUUGUGGCUGUAAAAUAAAGCUUCUGCUAUGAAGGACUUAAGUAUAACAUGUAGAAUAGAUCUGUAUAUAUUUUCAGUAUGGUACAGUAUAUAAACAACAUAAAGUGGUUGUGCCUGACUCUUAAAUAUAACAUGAAAUGUUAAUGUUAAUAAAAAUGUGUUUGAUAUUGAUGUGCCAUGUUUAAUAUUGUGUCCUUUUACUAUUAUACACUGUUUGUCUGGAGGUGGAGGUGAGGUUAUUUUGUAUCUGAACGGCUCCAGUUUACAAUACAGACAACUGUCAAAGAAA